GCCUCGUAUCAAUGCUCGACUCAGGUCUCCUGGUUGCGCAAAGAUCAAGAUGGCUGCUAGUGAAGGAUCUCCAAGAGAAGAGGAGCCAAGUGCCAGCUGUGUAAUAAUCCAUGAAAUUUACGACUCUGAGGAUGCACAUGAAGAGUUUGAGGCCAAACUAGAAGCCGCGCUGGAAUCAGGGUGCGCCACUAUCAUCAUAGAACCUAAUAAAAUUGGCGAAGAAACUACAAGAUGGAUUCGAGUUGGUAACUGCCUACACAAGACAUGUGUUGUCACUGGAUCUAUAGCACUACUAAGUCCAUUUAUCAUGCCGAGAGCAUUUAGAUGUCCAAGUUCUUUUGGUUUUAGCGGCAUCAGCAUAUUCUGUGCCUUGUUAUAUGGAGUAUCAUGGCAGUUUGACCCGUGUUGUAAAUACCAAAUAGAAUAUGACACUAAAAAACUAGCACAACUACCAGGGGGAAUGUCAUCGUCCCCGGUUGUACUAUUAAGGACUGAUGACAAAUAUAGGAAAAUUCUUCAUAAUGCUAUUGCAGGUGCGGCAGCUCUUUACUGUGGAUGGAAGAUAUAUAUUUCAUAUUAUGGAUAACUGGAUUGCCUUAUCGGCACUUACACAGUAUUGUGGAAUAUACCUAUUUCAAAAAAGGUUGCCAGAGGCAAAGUAUGAAGUUGCAAGACCAAAAGGAUGAACAUGAAAACUUUUAGAAAUUUUUCAAAUUGGGGUAUUUUGUCCACUGACAAGCAACAAAACUGAGCAACAUAAAUAUAUCAACUCUAGACUUUGUCUUCUGGACAAUAAUAAUAAGGAACUCAAGUUAUUCAAUUUAUAGACCCCUUGCACCACAUUGGAAUGCAGCUCAAUAUUUGGAGGACAAAACAAUAGGUUUCCAAUUCUCAUUAGAUUGAAGUUCUUUUGUUUUGUCCUCCAAGUUGAGCUGCUUUGACGUCACAUGCGAGGGGAUCUAUUCUUGGAUCCUGAAAUGAGCUAGGCUUUGCACCAUCAUGUGAUCACAGCCAUGACAGGAGGCAGGAACAAUUGAACCUGACCUAACCUGAUUUACACAAGAAAGAAUUCAGUUUCCCUGGGGAAAAAAGACUGUUGCUGUGCCUCUUGUCAUGGAUGCCAUAUCUUGAUGGUGCAAAGCCUCUAUUGCUUAUCACAGAUCUUCUUUGGCUUUGACAAUGAUUUUAUUUUUGAAAUUGGUGUAAGUUAUUCCAUCAAUAGAGUGUGGAACAAGGAAUGCUUAAGUACUAAGGAAGAUUAAUUUUUCACAAGAGAGUCUGCAGGCCAAGAAAACAGUGUUUUUAGGAAUGUAAUUUUUUCUUAAAGUCUGUGGGUAUCUUUUGGGAAUACAAAAUUGAAAAACUAAACGUUGGUCUCAAGCCAAGGUUGGGUUUGAUAAAAUGCAUUUAAUGUAUGAAUGUCUUUAAUACAUCAAGCCCUCAACUUGGAACCAUUGUUUCGUCGUCAUUCAAGGGAAUUUCAAGACCUCUUAACAAUUUAACAUACCCUAAUCUAAGAAGUAUUUAUAAUAGUUUUGCUAUUUUGAUUAAGUAUUAUUCUCGUGCAAGAGAAAAUAAUCAUCCAUCUUUUGAAAACCCUGAGUAAACUAGUCUGUAAUCAAGGGAAACAGUGGUAUUUUAUAAACUACAAAAGGUCUUCUAGCAUGAAAUCUAAAAAUGUGAAGUUCCAGAAAUUAUCCAUACCCCAAGGAGGAAUUUUCGUAAAGACCCCCAUCCCCCCUACCCCCAGAAAUUCUGAUUGUCUUCCAUACAAACUCUGUAAUUUUGUUCUUUCUUUGACCCCCACCCCUUGGAAAUUCUAAAUUCCUUGGGGUGGGGGGGGGGGGGUAGUAUGGAUAAUUUCUAAUGUAACUAAUAAAUCUGUCAAUUAGUUGAAUGUCAGGAGAGCGUUUUAGAUUACAUUGUAAUUAUUGUCUUUAGAUAUAAAUCUUGAUUAAUUUUAGUUUUCUUUGCGUGUGGUUUAGUGUUAUUUAUAAACAAACAUGUUAACCUUUAAAAAGCUUGUUUUGAUAACUUGGCUAUGAUUUCAACAUCAAUAUUACAUCCAGACUUGAUGUUUGUUUAAUUGCACUCUGGUCACUUAAUUAAGUAUACAAGUAGGGUGUGGGAGAGAGGAGAGGAGUGUUCUAAAAAAAUUGUCAUGACUGUUGUUCUACUACUGGGGUCUUGUGCUUAACUCCUUAACAACACAUGUGAGUAGAGUUUGUUAGGUCUCUCCUUUGAUUUGAGAAUUCUUUCCUCCCUACCUAAAUU